AUGAGGCAAGGACCAAAAGAGAGCCUAUGGGCCUACUUCAAGAGAUUCCAAGCUAAGAGGCUGGAAGUCAAUGACCCGAGAAGCACAGUCGCCAUGGUGGCGCUCGUCGCCGGCCUGCAGAGCAAUGAAUUGGCUGACUCACUCGCUAAGAAACCAAUCGCCAAUUAUAAACAAUUGAUGGCUAAAGCCCAUGGAUACAUGGACAUGGAGGAUGCCCAGGCUUACAAGGCCUCAGCAAGGGACACGGGGGUUCCCGUUGCCACGACUUCAGCAACGCUAGCAACCAUGGCCAUUCCCUCAAACCCUCAAAUAGUACCAGCAAUAGUUCUAUCACCUAAACUGACCGGAAGUCCUCUAAGACUAGGAUGGCACAAGAAUCCUCCAAGGGUCAACUCCCAUCCUAAUCACUCAGACAGGAGGAACCAACAAAGAAAUCUGACACCAAAAGAAUCUUUAACCAUCUUGGACACCUCGCUUACUAAUGCCUUGACUAUGGUCCAAAGGGAAGGAUAUCUCAAAGAUCCUGCACCUAAGAUGUCAUCAGAUCCUAGAAGCAGGGACUCUAAGCAAUAUUAUCAUUACCAUCGGGAUCACAGACACAUUACCAAUGAUUGUCGGAUUCUCAAGAGGGAUAUAGAGGAUCUGAGUGAGAGAGGACAUCUGAGAAAUCUCACUUUUCGGAGAGAUCGUAGGGAUACUAUCCCAAACAGAAAUAAUAGGAGAUCCCGCUCGUGGGGGUCAUCCAACAAUGAAAGAAAGAGAUAUGCUAGAAGAACGCUACAAGUUGAUCAUGAUCCCAAGAAGGCGAGGACAGAAGAGCUCAUAUCUUUUACUGAUGAUGACCUACAGGGUGUUGAGACGGCCCAUGAUGAUCCUCUUGUUAUCACCAUAGUCAUUAAUGGGUAUCAGGUGAAACGAAUUAUGGUAGACACCGGAAGCUCGAUGGACGUCUUAUAUACUAGCACCUUCAAUCAGAUGGGAAUUGACAAAUCCCGCCUCCUUCCUUGUAGAGGACCCCUUGUGAGUUUCACUGGCCAUGCACUCUUGCCAGAGGGAAUGAUAACCUUGCCAUUUGUAUUAGGAGAAUAUCCUAUGCAAAUUACUAUCCAAAUCUAG